AUGCGAUUCUCCCUUCUCUUGGCCGUAGCGACGGCGCUCGCCGCCGCCCAAGCCGCCGCAGUCGCACCAGACAGCGGCCAGGGCAGCGACCUGCACUACCGCUCCGACUCGGAAUCGGACGUUGAGGAGGCGUGCGCCAGGUCAUUGGACUCCCGAUCGGAGGCCGAGGGGCCUUCCGGCAAGGUACAGAAGCGAGAUCCCUGGGAGGUGAAAGGCACCGUCAGGGAGGUCGAGGAAGAAGGCUAUAAGGGAUUUUUCGCUACAUAUAUCAAGUGUGUGGCAAACAACUGCGCGGGUCAUCAAUGUUAUUGCGAACAUGGAUGGAAUUCCGACCCCAAAGCUGGCGACGACUGCAAGCUUACCGACAAAGGAUGCAAGUAUUGA